GGGGAAGGGGCCCGGUUCUUCCACCACUUCUACACCGUCAGCAGCGUUACACCGUCUCUCUUUCCCUUUCCCAGUGUCUUUCUCCUCGUUGCUCGAUGAGGCCCCGGGACUAAAAUUCAGGACAGAAAACCGUCCGGUUAGUUCGAGGCUGCUGGCAAGGGAACGCGUUUACCGGCGAUCGCGAGCCGAUCUCGAGGCGGCAAGGUGUGGCGGUUCGUCCGAAAGAAAGAAAGAGAGAGAGAGAGAGAGAGAGAGAGAGAGAGAGAGAGAGAGAAAGGAGAAAGACGGAGGAGAGGAGAGCGCAGAGAAGAUCGGAGAGUCCCCGUCGAAACGGGCAUUCGAAACGAGCGAGAGAGGGCCCCCGCUAAAGGACAGACAUAACCUCGACUCCGCUCCGGUUAAGCCUGUCUCUGUUGCGACCGCCAUUGAAACCGUAGCUCGGCCUUUCUCGCUUGCUCUCACUCUCCCUUCGUCCGCGUUUCACUCGGAGCUCUUCGCGGAGGAUCUCCGCCGUGGAGUCAGUAUCCCGUGAUGGUUAGGUACGCGCGAAUCCACUCGCGCCGCGUCGUUGACAAGUGAACUCUGCGAAACAACAAGGCGACGCCUCUCCACUGCAAAUCGCGCAUCGAAUCGCGCGGUUACGGAAUUUUUCUGGAAUAUUUCUCGCCAAUAUCGGAACUCUCGUGGUUCUUUCUCCUUCUUUCUUUUUUUUUUGUUUUUUUUUUUUUUAAACUCCGUGACUACGGAGGAGUUUCACCGUUCCGUUUCGUUUGGCUCUUCGUCUUCCGUUCCAACCGAGUCUCUUUGGCCAAGCAGGAGGGUGCACACAACAGUAAACAGAGAGACGCGAGCGUGUGCAUAUAAAGAAACUGGUGGCUGGCGAGCGUGGAAAAGUGCUUUGGACUGGAGUCGCGCAGCUGUCAGAUCGACCGAGGCGAGCUUCUUCUUCUUGUUCUUCUUCGUCUUCGUCUUCGUCUUCGUCUUCGUCUUCGUCUUCGUCUUCGUCUUCUUCUUCUUCCUCCUCUUCUUCUUCCUCCGCUUCGACGAACUGGCGUGCUCCUUGGCAAGGAUUUGUGUAUACGUAUAGAAGCACGACACCGUGCAUGCUGCACGCACGUACGUGGGCCGUACGUACCGUACAACUUGUUCCUCUGCUCACCGAAACCAGCCGCCGCCGCCGCCGCCGCCGCCGCCGCCGCCGCCGCCGCUGUCUGCUUACCGAAGACCCGUUGACUCUUGGCCGCGGCUGCGUUGCUUAAUUCCUACGAAAAUCAGCCGCGAGCACUCAGCAUCCCGGACCCGUUCCGCCGCCGAGUGAGUGAUGGCCCUGCGUUUGAGGAGCAGCAAGGAUGUCAAGAAGAGCUCGUACUACGUCUGGUACCUGGGCGCGCGGGAGGCCAAGGGGGUGGACGCAAUGCCCGGUGCCAUAGCUUACCUGCUCGAGCGAGAACGACUUCAGGAGCCUUUCAAGGUCACGCUGCAGGUGAGCAACAAGGGCCUGAAAAUUAUACAGACGGUCCAUCCAGGCGGCUCGACCAGGUCGGCUGUGAAACACUUAGUGCCAGGACACGCUGUGCUUGCGGCCGUGCAACGAGAGGACGUCGUCGCCGCAACUCUUCUGCUUCCAAAUCCGGCCACCAACAAUCCUGUCCACGUGCACGCUUACAGAUGCGACUCAGUCGAAACAGCUGAGUUACUUGGCGGCCAGUUGAAAGCGCUGGCAUCGCACACUGACAAUUUGGCGAGGGUGAAUUCGCUGGAAGGCAGAGCCCGCAGCAAUUUAGGCAGCGAUGGUAGAAGCACCAGGGAGUCAGAGUCGUCGGAGGGCAGUGGCGAACUUAGACACGACAGUGUGCAAACCACCACGAUAUACGAGUCUCUGGCUGCGGAGUUGCGUGCCAAGCUAGGCAGAGGCAACUCAGGGGACAAUGAUGUGGGUCCGAUUCUGCUGCCUCCGCGGGAUUACGAUACGGUGCACCGACACCGGGGCAAUCUCGCUGGGAUCGAGUUCAGACGCUGCUUGAAUCAAACGAUCGUAGGAGGCAGUACUACCGUUGACAGAGGUGGCACGAGAAGCGCAGCGAGCAGUGGAAUAGGCUCAGAUAGUGCCGCUACGCCCCCACCUUAUCAGAGUCAUCAUCCUCUGGGCCCCAGACCCUCCAGACCCUCCAGAGAUUCAUCCUCCGACGACGACUGGGGAGCGCCAGCCGAAGAGAACGAUUAUCUGCAAGAGGCAGACACGACUGGGACGAGCCUGACGCUGCCAAGAUUACCAAGAAGUCCUGAAAGAUUGCCCAGUCAGGUGAACAGAGGAGUUUCACCGAGUUGUAAUAGAAGUCGUAGAGCACCGGAGUUUAGGCAGCGGUCGCCUAGCCCCCAGUAUCAACCCCGAGUGAAUCCUGGAGAAGUGACUAGCCCCAGAGAGAGAUUCCAGGAUGCUAAGGAGAUGUUUCGAGCUAUGGAGAGAGAGGCCAUUGCCAGGCCUGUUCUUUCGAGGCAGAGAGACGCUGACAAUCAUCCUGCUCACAGGGUUGAGUCAUCGAGGCAGAACCACGAGGACCAACUUACUCGUCAACACUCGACCAGUAAUAAUUCAACGACUGGCCACGAACACCUGAUCAGACGGAAUCAUUCGGAGGCAUCGGAACGGGAGAACGAUAUUUCUUACAGGGCUCGACCGCGGCCGCGAACCCAUCAUUAUUCGAUGGAACGCCCAUUGGAGCAAGAGGUCUCGAGGCCUCGGCCGAGAAGUUUCUACGAAAACCCAACCGUUGGAAGAGAUUUCCGAGAUCAAAGGAACGUCUCUGAUCCGAGAGAAGCUCGAGAUUUCCGCGAUCGUGCCCACGUGCGAGAAAUACGCGAGAAAGUGCGUGCCAGGGCAAUCACGUACCAAGAACUCUCCGAACACGAGAGAUAUCCAGGUCUGGAUCGCGAUAGCGCCAGGCCACCCUUGGAAAUCGUGCCCACACCGGGUCGAUAUCGACACAGCUACGCGGAGCCGCCUCGACUCGGUCUAGCGGCCCUUCAUCCCUACUGAGCUGCUCGUUGUUAACUAAUAAAUUAUUUAAUUAAUCGAUCGUAUCGUUAUCGUAUCAUUCACGCGUCUCCAAGCGGUUGUUCAGCGUCUGAGGACGUUAAGCUUGGUAAUCACAGGGAGCAAAUAGAAACCUCAUGACGAUGAUUCGCAGGGUUUUUUUUUUCUUUGUUGAGAAUUUCUUUUAUAAAUUAUGGUUCAAAGAUACAAGUUAUAUUUUUUACGCUACUGUUUUUAAAUAGCAAUAUCUUCUAGGUUUAUUUAAUUAAUUAAUCUUUUCAGGAUUGAAUCUCUUUGCAUUGCAAUCCGAUCUAUACAAUAAAUUGUAUUCAUAAGUUUUACUCAUUGAAAUUUUAUUGGAAAUAUGCACGCUCCCUGGGAGAUGAUUUUGUGAAAAAGACAUUGCAUCGGAAAUUAAUUUUACUCGACGCAAAUAGUUUUGUCGUUAGUAAUUUAUCAAAGUAUAUUGUUCGAUGUUACGAUAUUCAGCGUGAAAGGAUUAAUUAAAAUUCUAAACAUGAUACACCAUACAUAUAAAUCAUAAGCUGUGAUAGUGUUCACUGCCAUAUUGUAUCUCUUUCAUUUAACUCUAUAUUACGUCAAAAGAGAAGAGGAAAUAAAUUUCACUAUCCAGAGAUUAUAUUAUAAGCUACAAGUCUCGUGUCCUUUUCAUUUCGAUGGUUUCGUUUGCCCCACUUUUAUACAUAGAGUCAACGGGGUCGUGGAUUUAUUUUUAUCAGACAACGUCGACAUCCCUGAACAGUUGAGACGAACCGAGAUCGAGCAUUUAUUAUUCUCUCUUGCACCCGUGCCGUACGUUGUGACAGGAUCCUCGAAGUCGUGGGUCGCCUGUUGACCUUUCGACUUCUUUCGUGAGUUAUAUUGUUAUCCGCGCCGGAUGCCAGACUAACGAUAAUGAUAGGAACAAGUAACAAGCAGUAACAUUGACAGUAACAGCAACAAUAAUAACGGUUAAUAACAAAUAAA